AUGGUAAUAUUUGUUCUGUUUGAUGAUAAUGAUGUCCUUGCGCUGCCGAUCUUCAAACAGGAAGAACCGCAGUUGUCUCCUGAGAAUGAAGCCAAACUGCCUCCCUUUCAGUAUGUUCUCUGCACAGCUACAUCACCUGCUGUGAAACUGCAUGAAGAAACUCUGACCUACCUCAACCAAGGUCAGUCUUAUGAAAUCCGUCUACUUGAGAAUAGGAAAUUGGGAGAGUUUCAAGAUUUAAACACAAAAUAUGUGAAGAGCAUAAUUCGUGUAGUUUUCCACGAUCGACGCUUGCAGUACACAGAACAUCAGCAACUGGAGGGCUGGAGGUGGAGUCGGCCUGGGGACCGCAUCCUCGAUAUAGAUAUUCCAUUGUCAGUUGGUAUCUUGGAUCCCAGGGCCAGCCCAACCCAGUUGAACACUGUUGAAUUUCUGUGGGAUCCAUCAAAGAGAGCCUCAGCAUUCAUUCAGGUACAUUGUAUUAGCACAGAAUUUACUCCACGGAAACAUGGAGGAGAAAAAGGGGUACCCUUCCGGGUACAAAUUGACACCUUUAAACAGAACGAAAAUGGUGAAUACACAGAACACUUGCAUUCUGCAAGCUGCCAGAUCAAAGUGUUCAAGCCUAAAGGAGCAGACAGAAAACAGAAGACUGACAGGGAAAAAAUGGAGAAGAAAACCACACAAGAGAAGGAGAAGUAUCAGCCUUCCUAUGAGACAACCAUCCUCACAGAGUGCUCUCCCUGGCCAGAUAUGCCUUAUCAAAUGAACAAUGUUCCAUCUCCAAGCUACAACAGUUCUCCAAAUAGCUUCAACCUUGGAGAUGGCAACAGUUCUCCAACCCACCAAGUGGAGCUCCUGCCUCCCAGCAAUGAUCAUCUCCUUCCUUCUGCUUCUAUUCAAGAUGCCCAGCAGUGGCUACAUCGUAAUAGGUUUUCUCCGUUCUGUAGACUCUUCUCAAGUUUUUCGGGUGCUGACUUACUGAAGAUGUCCAAAGAAGAUUUCGUUCAAAUCUGUGGGCCUGCUGAUGGAAUUCGGCUCUUUAAUGCAAUCAAAGGAAGAAAUGUAAGGCCCAAAAUGACAAUUUAUGUCUGUCAAGAACCCGAGCAAAACCGGUCCCAUCUUCACCAAAAACGAGAAAAUGGAGAUGGCAGUCUCUGUGUAUAUCAUGCAAUCUUCUUGGAAGAGCUGACCACCCUGGAAUUACUCGAGAAGAUUGCAAACUUGUACAGCAUUUCUCCACAGCAGAUAAACAGAAUCUAUCGGCAGGGACCCACAGGGAUCCACGUAUUAGUGAGCAACGAGAUGGUGCAAAACUUCCAAGAUGAGUCUUGUUUUGUUAUCAGCACAUUAAAAGCUGAAAGCAAUGAUGGCUACCACAUCAUUUUAAAAUGACCAUGCUGCAUAGAAAGACUAAAAUUUAGUGCCUCACUGAGAUUGCUACAACCUAGACUGGAAACAUGAAGAACCUUCUGGAUAAAAUGCUCCUAUGACCUAAGAAUUACUAGCUUAAGGAAAGAAAUUGCUUUUACAGAUAUACAUUUUGUUUUGUUUUGUUUGGAGAUUGGAGCUGAGAACAUUCUCAAAACUCGUAUAUGUUUCUUCCUCCCUCCCUUCCUCUCCAGACUUAGAAAUUGUUGAGGUUUCUGCUUAUUGCAUUGAAACACCUGAUAAUGAAAGAUAAACAAAACCAAUUCUCUAGACCCCCUCAUGGUUGGGU